GGUAAUUUAACGGAGCAUCCUUUACCCGGUCGAUGAAACUGACCUCUCCGGAACUCCGCCCUUAUUUUCUCUCUCUCUAUCUCUAUCUUCUAUCUCUAUCGUUUCUCUGUCUAGAAAAAAAACAUCAAUCAAACAUUACAUACAUAAACGAGAGAAAUCCAAGAGAUACUUUCUCUCACUAUCUCUACUCUACUAUAUACUCAGGAGUAGACUACUCCUUUCCUUCUCACUCUCACUCUCCACUCACAGCUAUGGAUACUUACGAGGCUACUAAGAUAGUGUUCUCCAGGAUUCAAAGCUUGGAUCCAGAAAACGCUUCAAAAAUCAUGGGUUAUAUACUGAUUCAAGACCAGGGGGAUGAGGAGAUGAUAAGAUUAGCCCAUGGCCCCGAUGCUUUCCUGUUUUCGCUCAUCAAUCAAGCUAAAGAUUGUCUGGGACUGUCUUCUAACUCUUCGUGUUCUUCGCAUUCUACGCCUUCUUCUCCCUCGCCUUACAGUCCCACUAAGUUUGGUCCUUUUCCCCAGACUUCGCCCAGGAUCACGAUUCCCAACAAUGGGUUUCCGUCGUCUUCUCCGUCCUCGCUUUGGUCGGCCGGUUCGCCGGCUUUUCCCAGGAGCCCUCUUUCGUACGCGGCGGUGGUUAACGGUUCCGCGAACCCCGCUUCCUCUGGGUCUUCUAGCUCCCCUUCUCAUGCGGGGUUCUACAAUGGGGACGCCGCCGAUCAAUUGGCGUUUCUGGAUGAGCCGUUUGAUGCGAUAAUGAGCCCCACCGGCAAGAGCGAUUCGCUGAUCUUUCCCUACGAGGAAAGCACCGACCAACACCAGCUUCACCGGCGGCGCUGCUCCGUUAGCGAUGGGUUUCUGGGUGGAUCGGACGACGGAGGCGGCGCCGCCGCCCCCAAUGGGUUGGGUUUACGGCCUUGCAUGUACUUCGGCCGAGGCGUCUGCAAAAAUGGGUUUUCUGACUCCGGCGAUGGGUCGGGUCCGGUUUUCGGUUCUCCCAGCAGCAAAAUCGAUGCUUCCUUCAAUGAGCUUGUCCGGAUGAAAGCUCUUCAGCAGCAACGAUUUGCCGCCGCCGCCGCCUCGCCGUUCAUUGCUUCCGGCGCCCACCAUCCUUUCUCUUACAACAAAUGCAUGAACAUUUUGAACGAUAACCCGAGGUCGGCGCCAGCUGCUUUGAUGAUGGGCGAAGAUUUUCGGAAAUUUGGGCGGUGCAGGCCCGAGACUAAUGACUAUUCCGGGAUGGGUUUGGGUGGAUAUUCGAACUCUUGCUCGAGGCAAAUUUACUUGACGUUUCCUGCUGAUAGCACGUUUAGUGAAGAGGAUGUUUCGAAUUACUUUAGUUUGUAUGGGCCGGUGCAAGAUGUGAGAAUCCCGUAUCAGCAGAAGCGGAUGUUUGGUUUCGUUACGUUUGUCUACCCCGAGACUGUGAAGCGCAUCUUGGCUAAGGGGAAUCCGCAUUUUGUGUGCGACUCUCGUGUGCUCGUUAAGCCCUACAAGGAAAAGGGGAAUAUCCCGGACAAAAAACAACAGCAUCAUAUGGAUAGAGCAAAGUUCGGGACAUGCUUGAGCCCGUCCGGUCUUGAUUCGUUGGAGCCCCAUGACCUUCCUUUCGGACCGAGAAUGUUUUAUAAUUCACGGGAGGCGAUACUCAGAAGAAAAUUGGAGCAGGAGGCUGAGUUGCAGCAGGCGCUCGAGCUUCAAGAACGAAGGCUGAUGAAUAUGCAACUUGUGGACCAGAAGAAUCAUCCGAAUUAUCAUCACUUCCAGCCCGGCGGCUCAUAUCCCGGUAUCCCGGUUCCUUCCAUGAGCAACCCGCUAUCGCAAAACAAUCAGGUUGUCCUCCUAGACAAUGUGAAGCUUCCGCCCUGGGAAGCGGGUGAAGUCCAAGAGAAUGACGGUGGAAACGAAACUAGCAAGGAACCGAGCGCUAAUCAUGAUGACCCGGAGCUAAACAAGAGCAUGGAAAACAUCCUUCCCGACAACCUUUUCGCUUUCCCUACAAAAUCCCCCGCUGAAAACCUCCCUCCGUCCCCCGCUCCCGCAAAUGCUGAUGAUGAUAGCCCCUCGGAUACACCUUCUAAUGACAUCCCCGCGCUCUCUGCUACCUCCACCCUCAACAUGGCGUCUCUUCAAUCAUGCGCCCUGAAGAUGCCAAAGUUGACUUCCGGCCAAGAAGCCAUCGAAGUGUAGGAAGAAGUUCGAUCUGGUCGAUGGUUUAUGGUUUAAAAGAAAGCUGACUUGUAUAUCCAUAACAGAAGAAAAGAUCUGCAAGGAAGAUCUGUUUCAAGACUGUUUCAUCAUCAUCAAUAGGAUAUUACUGGCAAGGAUACAUAAUGCAUAUGUAUAGGACAGAUGAAGUGGUUUAAUAUAAGGGAGUAGGAUCCCUCUGUCUAUUUUGUACCCUCUUUUGUAGUCGUGUGAUGGACCACACACCAGAAUAGAGCAUCAUAACAAACAAAAACUCAGUAGUAGCCCUAGUAACUUUAUAUUGUCCUAUAAUGUUUAGUAUACUGUAUAAUUUAUAUUUACCCCCUCCUCCUUGCC